AUGGAGCAGUCCAACUUCCAAUUCCCCUCCGAGUCGCGGCUCAUGCCCAUGUUCCUGCGAACUAAAUUCGGGGGCGCUGAGAGCCUCCUGCAUCUCCUGUGGCCGCAGUCCGUCUUUCCAGAGCAGGAGUAUCCGAUGCGGUAUUUCCCGGUCAUGCAGGAGUUGGUGCUGUUUACGGACUUCACGAAUGAUAUUUUGUCGUAUUAUAAGGAGUUCAUUUUGCACAGGGAGAAGGGGAACUUUGUGGGGAAUUUUGCGGAUACGCAUGAGAUGCAGCAGUUGGAUGUGCUGCAGCAUUUGACUGGUUAUACGCCGAAGUUGCUCAAGUCGGUCUAUUCGAUGCUCGACGGCAUUGAAGAUUUGCUGCGGACUGUGAAGAAUUUUGUAACGGGCUGGAUCAUGCUGUGUACGGCUCAUCGACGGUAUUACCUGGUCGAGUUGUUCGAGGAUGAGCAGUAUCUGCCACCUUAUGAUGAGGAUGCAUAG